UCAGCUGUUUGUAAUUCCCCCACAGCUUAUCUCCAAACUUACAAAACUGCAUGGGGCUAUUGUGAUCAGAGAAGUUAUUGUGAACAAGCUAUUCUGCAAUAGCUUGCUAUGUCGAUGCUGUUACACAAUAAAAAUGAUUUUAUUCUAGAAUAACUCCUCCACUUUGGAAGCACACUAAUUAUUCCUGAAUAAUCAGUUACUUUGAUUCUGGAAUAAAGUAUCCAAAUGGCAAGCUAGUAAAGCUAUUCUGGUAUAGAUAUGUGGGUAAUGUAUGAGCAAUAGCUGUUCUAAUCAAAUUCCGGGGUAGACAAGCCCUAAACAUCAAUUUUCUCCAGGAAAGCCAUCCACCUCAAAAGGCUUAUUAGUGAUUGAUAAACCAAUAAAAUAAAACUAAACUUUAAAAAAAAUACAUGGGAAAUUUUUAAAUUACCUUAAAAUAUCUUUUCUGAUUCCCCUCCGCUCCCUGGCCUGGGAAGCAGCAUGGAAAUUGUCAGUGGAAUUGGUUUCUUUGGGGGGAUGUUAGAGGGGCAGCUGCUUUUCUUACCAUAUAGUCACCACUUUUGCAUUCUGUGACCUGACUAAGGUUGGCACAGUCUGACUCAUCAAUAUGCUUUGCUGUGACAUAACAGUAGCUGCUCGAUAGUUAAGGUUGAAGUUAGUUUUUCACGAAAAGCCAGACUUUCAACAACCCUUCAUCCAAAGUUCAACAUGCAAGUGCCCCUAAACAUCCCUGGCCACAGCUACGCCGGGGUAGAUUUACCUAGGACGUGUCUUCCUUCAAGUCUUAAAAGACUCCUACUUACUACUUUUAAGGGGCGGAUCAUUUUAAUCCAAAAAUGGGGUCAGCUUUUAAACUCCCCCUCCCUGAUGUGAGCCAGUGACCCCCCCCCGGGUCGAGAGGUGGCCUGCAGCCUUUGAGUAGCUUCAAACCUAUCAGCCUUCGAGAGCAGCGGGCUCCUGAGCCCCGGGCCGGGAACAGCGCUUCUCUCGGCGGCAGCCAUUGCCCAGGGCGGCGAUAGACCUCGCGUGGUGAGGGCACCACAGCGAGCCUCGAGCCACAAGCGCCUCUGCCGAACAGCACUUCGGGAAAGCGCCCGCGAGCAACAUCUCCUCCGCCCAGCUUGCGCUGGACGCUGGGAGCUGUCGUUUCGGCCGUUUGAGGCUCCGUGGACGCCAUGUUGCUGACGUAGCACCCUCCUGCUUUGGGGAUCUGUGAGGGUUGGGUUAUUUUCUGCAUUUCUUCUUCGCUGUUAUGAACUCGGUUAAACACCAAAUGAAUACCGUUAAAAGUAUUAACAUCAACAAGGUGUUACUCCACUUCCGGCAGGAAAACCCCGCCCCGUGUCUCAACCGGAAGUAAAGAUACUUCUGGUAAGAUGGCGGCAUUUGGAAGACUGAGGUGAAACAUUUUUUCAUUAGAGACCCCACGUUUGAGUUGAGUACAUUAUCAUUAUUCCUGCAAGUUCUGAACUUUAAGUGAGCUACAGGAAAAAAUGAAGAGUAGAGUGGCACAAAUAAAUCAUGACUCCAGUUAUGAAAGAAAAGAGAGCCACGGCUCUCACCGGAGGAGUUCCUCUCCAGAAGACAGGUAUGCAGAGCGUGAGAGGUCUUGGUCCCCUAGAAGCAGAGGUUACUCUGAUCACAGCAAGUAUGAUCAAGAAUAUUCAGGAAAGGGGCGUGAUGACAAAACUGUGGAAGCCAGGGAGUGGGGGAGAGAGAAGGAAUCUGAUCGAAGGAAACAGAAAAAAUUCCCUUCACCUGAUAGAAAAAGUCCAGAAAGAUCAGUACCCCAGAACUCACUUGCUCAUGAUGAACCCCCUUCAAAGAAGAGAAAAGAAGAGAUGGAUCCAAUUCUCACCCGCACAGGUGGUGCAUACAUUCCUCCAGCAAAGCUCAGGAUGAUGCAGGAACAAAUUACUGAUAAAAAUAGUUUAGCAUAUCAAAGGAUGAGUUGGGAAGCCCUGAAGAAGUCAAUCAACGGUCUUGUCAAUAAGGUGAACGUUUCUAAUAUAGAAAAUAUCAUCCAUGAACUUCUUCAAGAAAAUAUUGUCAGAGGAAGGGGACUGCUGUCUAGAUCAAUUUUGCAAGCACAAAGUGCCUCUCCAAUCUUUACACACGUUUAUGCAGCAGUUGUAGCAAUUAUCAAUUCAAAGUUUCCAAAUAUUGGAGAACUGAUUCUAAAGAGGCUAAUUCUAAAUUUUCGCAAAGGAUAUCGCAGAAAUGAUAAGCAACUUUGUCUGACAGCUUCAAAGUUUGUUGCACAUCUAAUCAAUCAGAAUGUGGCUCAUGAGGUUUUAUGUUUGGAGAUGCUCACAUUACUUCUUGAAAGACCAACAGAUGACAGUAUUGAAGUAGCAAUUGGAUUUCUAAAGGAAUGUGGACUCAAAUUAACUGAAGUUUCUCCUAGAGGUAUUAAUGCAAUCUUUGACCGCCUUCGCCACGUUCUUCACGAAUCUAAAAUUGACAUGCGUGUUCAGUACAUGAUAGAAGUUAUGUUUGCUGUACGUAAGGAUGGAUUCAAGGAUCACCCAAUCAUUCCAGAGGGACUAGACCUCGUAGAAGAGGAGGAUCAGUUUACUCAUAUGCUACCUUUAGAAGAUGAUUAUAACCCAGAAGAUGUUCUUAAUGUUUUCAAGAUGGAUCCUGAUUUCAUGGAAAACGAAGAAAAGUACAAAACCCUUAAGAAGGAAAUUCUUGAUGAAGGCGAUAGUGACUCAGAAGCAGAUCAAGAUGCUGGAAGCAGUGAAGAGGAUGAAGAGGAGGAGGAUGAAGAAGGACAAAAAGUGACUAUCCAUGACCAAACAGAAAUUAACCUGGUCUCUUUUCGUCGUACAAUUUAUCUUGCUAUUCAGUCAAGCUUAGACUUUGAAGAAUGUGCCCACAAAUUGCUGAAGAUGGACUUUCCUGACAGUCAAACUAAAGAACUCUGCAACAUGAUCCUUGACUGCUGUGCUCAACAAAGAACAUAUGAAAAAUUCUUUGGUUUACUGGCAGGGCGUUUCUGCAUGUUAAAAAAAGAAUACAUGGAAUCCUUUGAAGCUAUUUUCAAAGAACAGUAUGAUACUAUCCACCGUUUGGAAACAAACAAAUUGAGAAAUGUAGCCAAGAUGUUUGCUCAUCUUCUGUACACAGAUUCACUUCCCUGGAGUGUCCUUGAAUGUAUAAUAUUGAGUGAAGAAACUACUACGUCGUCAAGUAGAAUUUUUGUCAAAAUAUUCUUCCAGGAACUUAGUGAAUAUAUGGGACUUCCUAAUCUUAAUGCAAGAUUAAAGGAUGAAACACUGCAACCUUUUUUUGAAGGAUUAUUGCCUCGGGACAACCCAAGAAACACUCGAUUUGCCAUCAAUUUUUUCACUUCCAUUGGUCUUGGAGGACUAACGGAUGAAUUACGGGAACAUCUGAAAAAUGCACCAAAGAUGAUCAUGACACAGAAACAAGAUGUUGAGUCAUCAGAUAGCUCAUCAUCUUCCUCAGAGUCUGACGACUCCUCCGAUUCCAAUUCUGUCAGCAGUAAUAGUAGCUCGGGAUCAUCUAGUGGCAGUGACUCCUCUUCUGGCAGUGGCCAUAGCAGUGACUCAGAUGCUGCUGAAGUAAAAAGGAAAAAGAUGCAAAAGAAAAAUAAAGCACUGGAUAAAGUUGCCAGGAAAAAACAAGGGAGUAAAAAGAAACUACUUGAAAAGAAAAUAGAAAGGAGACAGCAGGAAGAUAGCUAUGACGUUGAGAGAAAUUCAGAAAGAAAUGCUGACAGAAAUUUGAGAGAUCCAAAUAGGAGAGGAGAUCUAUCUAAAUAUCCCUAUGACAAAGCUGAUGCCACUGACAGGAACAGUUACCGAAGUGGAAAGGACAGGUAUCGUGAAAGAAAUACGGAUUUAGAAAAUAAACACGGUAAUUCCAAAAAGAAGAAAACAGACAGAAGAACUUCGUUUUCUGAUAAUGAAAAGGACAAACACUGCACUAAAGACAGUGUACAUCACAGCAGGAGAAAAGAGAGGUCAAAAUCUAGAGAAAGAAACCGUAAUAAUUCAAGUCCCAGAGAGGAAGAGGAGCAGGAGAAUCGAUAUCGGAAUGGUGCAGAGAAAUGCCCAGAGAAGUACAGCAGAUAUUCUGACCAAUGUAGAGAAUCUAGGAAAAAUGAGGACAGACGAAGGGAGAAUUCUCCACGUAGGCGAAAAUAACACUAUGCCACUGAGUUUGAAAUAAAUGCUUUUCUGUGCAGCUAAAACUGUAUAUUUUUAACUCUAUUACUGAACUUUCUUUUAAAAAAGGAGCUUUUGUACAAAGUGCAAGUUUGUAUUUGUAAGGUUCAUUGGCCUUCUUAAGGUUUUCAGUACUGAAUCUUUUAUAAUCACUGUAUGUGAAGAACCUGUUAAAUUUCUUCCUUCGAAGAGGAUUUUCAUUUGAGAGAGAGAAAAACAGAAGCUUGCUUAUAUUUUGUGAAUAAAAUAGUUGAGAUCUUGCCAAAAUGAAUGUUUUUAUCAACUUAACUUCAGAUGUUUCGUAAAUAUUGUUUGAGUUAUAGUAUCUGAAAAUGCUACUUUUUAGUUUUGUUUAGUAGUUGACAAGCAGAGCAGUCAGAUUAUUGUACAUAUGGACACCCUGCAUAUUUCAUGCUCUUAAGAUGCAAACAGACAAAACAAAUUAAGGAGUCUCAAGUAUGUUUUUAUACCAAAUGGUAAUAUGCAAAUAACACUUUCAAAAAGCUGAGCUGAAAUAUUGUAAAAUGUUAUGCUAUGAGUACAGUUUAAAAAUCUGAACUGG